CUAAUUAGGUACCACCUUAAGUUUAUCACUUGGGUAUUGUGUGUUAGAUCCAGUGAUGAGCUAGAAAAAUUGUAACAGUCGGAAUGCACCUAAUUCGUGAAAAUGUAUCAACACACAUCUCAGCAUCUGCGGACGCUUACAGAAAUUUUGUCUGUCCUAAGAUAGAAAGAGCUGAACAUCUAGACUACGAUACAAUAAAAUAUGAAAAAAUUAUUUGAAAUGCUGUGUAAAAUAACGAGUACAGAAGUAUGACAACCAGACAGACCAGAGGAGCAGACAAAAGAGAACAUUGCAGAAAGGAUGUUUCCUCGAGCAUCAACUUUCUUGUUUUUACCUCGACAAUAACGUAUUACAGUAUUAUCCUAAAGUUGGUCUGACAGUCUGUGGUAACAAUUGAAAUUCAGCCAUCGGCUCAAACAAUUUAAUUUUUAAACGCAAUAGUAAAAAAUAUAAAAAAAAAUUUUUACCGUAGCGUUCAAGAGUUUGAAAGAGUUAGUUUGAAAAAACACAAUUUUGGUCAUGAUUGUGACGGCCGGCACACAUCACGAUUUAUUCAGUUUAUUGUCAAGCCAAGCAUGAGCGAUCUGAAGCAUCUGCGGUUGUGCCAGACGGCAGGUGCCCUUAUUCCAGAGACAAAUUGAGUGUUUAUUUUAUUGAACCAAAUGUUGGGACAUUUUGGAAUCUAAGAACUGUGCCCCACUGUUAUUUUGCUGUUCUGAUCAGCAGAUCAAGUCGCACGUUGAUUCCUUAUGACAGUAUGAAGGGGAUUUUUUAUUCGAGUCCACAGUCAGGCAGUCUCCUUUUAGUACCUUCAUCCUAUACUCAGUUUGUCUGGUUACCAUUACAAGUUGAAAUAUUUAAAUAGCAGUGGUGAAAUAAUUGAUACUAAUGUUAAAUUAAUAUGCAGUUAUUUAAUCAAAGAAAACUUGGAGGAAACUGUUGUUUUUGAAGACUGAAGCAUAGGGAUAGAAGUGACGCUGUAUACGCUGUAUAUCUACUCAAUAGAAAAUAAUACUGACAAAAUGGACAACGAUGAAGGUCCGACUUUACCUGAUGGAAUAAAAGAUCGACGAUAUUCAAAACAGAUAGCUGCAAAGGCUUUGAGUGAAAUGUACACUCCAGAGAAAAGAUUUCAAGAAUGGGUUUGUGUCAUACUUUGUGGAAUAUUGAUGUCAGUCAACCUCGUAUAUCUUGUUUUUUAUUUUCGAAUUGACAGUCUUCAUAUUAUAAUUCUUUCAUCAUUUGCUGGUAUUUUAUCGGCAGACUUCAUGUCAGGUCUAGUACAUUGGGGUGCUGAUACAUGGGGAUCUGUUGAUAUUCCAAUAUUUGGCCGUGCUUUCAUUCGACCUUUUCGUGAACAUCACAUUGAUCCAACUGGAAUUACUCGCCAUGACUGGAUAGAGACCAAUGGUGAUAAUUGUGCCUUGACAAUUCUUGCUCUGGGCACCAUGACGAAAGAUUUUAUGACAAAACCUGAGACUUUUAUUCUUGAAAAUUACUGGUGGUCAUGCUAUAUCUUUUUCCUUGCACUGUUUGUUACUCUGACAAAUCAAAUCCACAAAUGGUCUCAUACAUAUUUUGGGCUUCCCAACUGGGUGGAAAUUUUACAAAAUUACCAUAUUAUUCUGCCAAGACAACAUCAUCGGAUACAUCAUGUUUCUCCUCAUGAGACAUAUUUCUGUAUAACCACUGGAUGGUUGAACUACCCACUUGAGAAGAUUGGCUUUUGGACAACAUUAGAGUAUCUAAUAGAGAAAUGUACUGGGUAUAAGCCACGGGAUGAUGAUAUGAAAUGGGCUAAAACCAUCCCAACAACAUGAUAAGGGCCUUUUCCUAAUUUUAGAUAGACUCCAAUUAUUAGUAUUAAUUAAUGCACAGCUAUGGUCUUCUUCUCACAGUUUAGAAUGUUUGUUUUAUUUCUUUAGAUAAUUACUUAAUUGUGUAUUGUAAAUAUCAAAUUUUAAUUAUGCCAAUCGAAUAGGUGAAUGAAAAUCAUGAAACCAUUAUGUUUCUAUAUCUCUAAAUUAGAUACUGAUAUUUCCUUUUUCCUGAUGCUUCUUUUUUAUCUACCUAGUAUUAUUUAUUAUGGUCUAUUCUGUAUUUGUUUUAAACUAAAAUUUAAUUGUCUGUAGGCUAAUUAUGCAUCCUCAUUUUCAUCUUUAUUUUCCCUAUCGAUAAUCCAUUUCUAAUAAUUUGAAAGAGCUGUACCGUUGGUAUAAUUAUGUUGGCCAGUUAUGGGCAGAACGAACCACACCUCUUCUCUGCUUAAAAAAAUCGGGGAUGAAUUUUUACUUCUAUGGUAGGAUUUUUCAGGAUAUUUAUUUCUUAGCUAAAUGACUUUACAUUAUAAUAACACUUAUCACAUCAGUUGCCAGUAUUUGGCUGAGAUGCAUCAAUGUUACUGAUUAAUGGCUGUGAUUUAACUUCUAACUUUUCUAUUUUAGUUAGAUGCCUAUUUUAUGACAUUUUUUCAAUAACAGUAUGUAUUGAUUUUAAUUUCCAUUCAUAUGCUUGAUACCUUUUUCCAAAGAGUUAAUAUUUUGUAUCACUUUAGACCAAAAGCUUGAAGUUCUCAAAAAUUUAUGAAACCAAGGCAGUGUUUGGAAGCAAGUUUUUAUUAUCCUCUACUGUCAUUAUAUGCAUAAUUCUACUUAAUUAGACUUACUCAAAUGGACCCCCAUGUUGAAUCAAUUUCGCAGGUAAAGAAUCUUAGGUUCAACUCGCCCAUGUCUUAAUGUAGCCUCAUAUUUAGUCGGUGACUGCCUGUGCAGAGCCUCGUUUGUGAUGUGUGAAAACACCCCAAAGCUCAUAAAGUACAGUCUAUUUCUUAAAACGGGCCACCAAACUGCGGCCCACAGCGACUUUUUUAUCUGGCCCACAAUAACACGAAAAAAUGGUGAAGUGUUUUUUCUAGAAAAAUUUGUUUUGCUAUGAUGUUCUUGAUCUAUAUUCUGCAAUAUAGAAUAUAAUAUUUAAGACUUCAGAAAAGUCGAGUUUAUAUUGUUAAAUAAAUUGAAUGGAUUUUCAAACUUUUGUGAAUGUAUUGCAUUGACAAAAAUAUUUGUCCGGCCCUCGGUCAAAAAAGUUUGGUGACCCCUAUUUCGGAAACAACUGUCUUUGUAAAUGAUGCAGGGAGUUUUCAUUUAAACUGUUUCAUAAUUUGUCGCUCACAAUUCUUCUGAACUAGGUAUACAUUUGUAAUUUACCAUCCUGUGUUUUGACUUAUGAGUAUUUUUUAUAUUAAAAUAUUUCUGUGUUAACAUGACUAAAUUUUAUUUAUACUUUGGUUAGAAAUGAGUUUUAACAGGAUAAUCAGUAUCGAGUUUAUUUGUUAUAUGAAUGAAUAUGCCCUAUCUAGUUGCUUACAACAAAGUUUUUAUAUCAUCCAGAGUUGCAGUUGUGCAGGUGACAAGUGGCAUAUUCAGCUGGCUGAUGCAAUCUCGAUAAUUCAAAUGUUAACUAAAUCAUCCACAAUUCAGUCAACAUCAGAGUGAUAACCUAUUUCUCCAAUUAGCUCCAAGAAAUUAUUUAUUAUCUUUAUGUACUUGUGUGAUAUUUGUUUAUUUUUUUAUAUAAAGUCGGAACAAUUCAAUAUAUAUAUCAGGUAUCAAAUGAUCUGUCGGUUGGUUUCAAUGAUUCUGGAGAAAAAUUUUUGUUUCUCAUG